AAAAAGAACAUUGCUUUUUGGUCGAAAAAGAGCAUUUAUUUUACUAGGAUUUGGAUAUAUAUAUAUAUAGAUAUAGAGAGAAGAGAAAAUGGUGAACAAGAAGCACUGAGCUGAGUUGUUCUUUACUCCCUUCUUCGCGGAAGACGAUUGAUUUGUAUUCCUAAGAAGAGAGUGGUCGGUUGUUGUGUGUGUGGUUUGUUUUCCUGGAACCCCCUUAUCUUUCUCCUAAUCUCUCCACUCCCAUAGAAAAUCGGACCGCUUUUUUUGCUGAUUUCCGUUUUCUUUCCUUUUAUCAGUUGAAUCUGUCAUCCCUUUGCUCCCUUUAUGUUUUUUCUUUCAUGUCUUCUUUGAGUUCUCUUCUUCUCUUAUCCAAUUUUUACCAGUUACUAAUCUGAGUAAAGUGUUUGAAUUCCCCUUCCUUUGUUUAUGCUACCCACUUCAGUUAUUGGUAUAUACACUCAUCAUUAACAGUUAAGUUCGAUCCAGAUUGUUGAUUGAACUCAGAAGAUCCAUUUUUAUUGUUUUAUAGAUGAUCACCCAUUACUAGUUUGGAUCCUCCAAUCAUUUUUGUUUUAGGGUUAUAUGUUGUUGCUGUUGUGUUCUUGGUAGAAAAUUUUGAAAUAGGAUUGAUUUUUCAGAAGCUGGAUUCCAAAAGGGUGUUUCUGAAAUCUAAUAGUAGGGGGGUUUUCACCAUUUUGUUGGUCUGGAGUGCUUACUCAGUAUCAUCAGGGCCCUUAGGAUGGGGUCCUGCUUAUCAUUUGAAAGCAGGAAUCCUCUUCCUAAUUCCCCUUUGGGAGUUAGGAAGAGGAAGAACUCGAAGAAGAGGAACUCUGGAUCACGGAGUUCUUCGUUUGAUAGUAAGAGAGAGGACUUGCUGCAUAGAAUCCCUGGGCGAAUGUUCUUGAAUGGGUCGUCGGAAAUGGCUUCAAUUUUCACUCAGCAAGGGAAGAAAGGAACGAAUCAAGAUGCCAUGAUUGUUUGGGAGAAUUUUGGAUCGAGAUCUGAUACAGUGUUCUGCGGUGUGUUUGAUGGUCAUGGGCCUUAUGGACAUUUGGUGGCGAAGAGAGUGAGGGAUUGUCUUCCUUUAAAGUUAAGUUCACAUUGGGAAGGGAAUUCAAAGAGUGAGAUCAAUGUGAAUUCUGAAAGCACGUCAUUGCUUGCUGCUGUUGAUGAAGACGAGGAAGAAGAAGAAGGACGAGCAUCGAAUGAUGAACGUGACAAGAAUCUAGACAUAUUUCAGGAUCUGAAAGAGUUGUUUCUGAAGGCUUUCAAAGUUAUGGAUAGGGAAUUGAAGUUUCAUACAAAUUUUGACAGUUUUUGUAGUGGGACAACUGCAGUAACCCUUAUAAAACAGGGUCAGCAUCUUGUGAUUGGUAAUGUUGGUGAUUCAAGAGCUGUUCUUGGUACAAGAGAUAAAAAUAAUUCAAUAACCGCUGUUCAGUUGACUGUUGAUCUCAAACCAAAUCUCCCAAAGGAAGCAGAGAGGAUUCGGAAAUGUAGAGGACGUGUGUUUGCUCUUCACGAUGAGCCUGAAGUUUCCCGGGUCUGGUUGCCGAACAAUGAUUCUCCUGGACUAGCCAUGGCUCGAGCUUUCGGUGAUUUUUGUCUCAAGGAUUUCGGCUUAAUCUCCAUUCCUGAAAUCACUUACCGAUGCCUAAAUGACAAAGAUGAGUUUGUAGUCCUGGCUACGGAUGGGGUAUGGGAUGUGCUUUCGAACGAAGAAGUUGUAAAUGUCGUUUCUUCUGCACCAUCACGUGCCUUGGCUGCUCGAUCUCUGGUGGAGAAGGCAGUUCGAGCUUGGAGAUAUAAAUAUCCGACUUCAAAAGUGGAUGAUUGUGCGGUAGUUUGUUUGUUUCUAGACGUGAACUUGAACAAUGUCUCGACUGCAAACUCGAAAAAGAAAGUUGCUUCUAUGACCAAGAAUGAAGAUCAUUCUUUCCCAGCUGGACUGGAUUCCUCGGGAACCACUCGAAAGGGAAGUGAAGAAAGGAAAGAGGAGAGUGAAGACGAGGAUGAGGAUGAUGGAGAGGAGGAAAUGGAAUUUGAAGAAUCGGGUAUGGAGUGGUCUGCAUUGGAAGGGGUGGCUCGGGUCAAUACCUUACUAACCUUGCCAAGGUUUGAUCCAGGCAAGGAUCAAAGAAAAGAUGCAGCCCCUUGAGUACAAAUUGUUUCUUGGUUUUGUUUUGUUUUGUCUUGUUUUGCUAAUUGAUAUUAAUAUUUCUAUUCUACCCAUUCAAUUUUUAUUAUUAUACAUUUUAGGUGAGGAAUACUUCUUUUGUCUGCUAUUUUGUGUUUUGAGCAAUUGUAUUUGGUGGUUUUGGGUCGAUUGAGUGUAUAAGACAUUUUUCAUUUAGUAUACAAACUCGACAAUAUGGUAUUUGGAUUC